CUCUAAACCUGCAGAUCUUUUAGACUUUAAGUUUAGCUCUAUUCUAAUUUUUUUAACUAUUUGGCAGGAUAUGGGAAUUGAGGACCCUGAGUUUGUUGAGUUGGUCAAUAAAAUAGAGGAAUUGGAACAGAGGUUAUUUGCCCACCCAAUGCAUAAGUCUCAAGAUGAGCAACAGAUCAAGUGUUUCCAAAGGAAAGCAGAGGUUAAUCAUGAAAUUCAACAACUCAAAUCUAAGAUGCGGGACUCCCAGCUUCAAAAAUUCCGUGAUGAGCUCAAGAACCGUUCUCGGGUUUUGAAGAAGCUUGGCCAUAUUGACGCUGAUGGUGUUGUUCAGUUAAAGGGGCGUGCUGCUUGCUUGAUAGACACAGGAGAUGAACUCCUUGUUACUGAACUGAUGUUCAAUGGUACGUUUAAUGAUCUUGAUCAUCACCAAGUGGCUGCUCUAGCUAGCUGCUUCAUUCCUGUGGAUAAGUCAAACGAACAAAUACAUUUGAGAACUGAACUUGCAAAACCAUUACAGCAACUCCAGGACAGUGCAAGAAGAAUAGCAGAAAUACAACGUGAAUGCAAAUUGGAUGUAAAUGUUGAUGAGUAUGUGGAUUCAACAGUAAGACCAUUCUUGAUGGAUGUGAUAUACUGUUGGUCGAAGGGUGCAACUUUUGCAGAGGUUAUAGAAAUGACUGAUAUCUUUGAGGGUAGUAUCAUACGAGCUUCUAGAAGGCUUGAUGAGUUUUUGAACCAGUUGUGUGCUGCUGCUCAUGCUGUGGGAGAGGUUGAUUUGGAGAAAAAGUUUGCUGCUGCCAGUGAGAGCCUUCGGCGAGGUAUUAUGUUCUCGAAUUCGUUAUAUUUGUGAUUUAUGAGAUGCCUUUGCCUGAUUGGGUUCAAGCACAUGGUUGGAGCCAGAGAUAAGUUACAUGUCAUCACAACUGACCUCAUGUGUUUCCUUGUUAUUGUUCCAUUUUUCUUGGUGUUUCCAUGCCAAGCUGUAUUUUAUAAGCGUUAGUAUCUGUUGUACAUGGAAUUUGAGGAACAUGAAAAUAUAUACAAAAUUCUUAGUUUUCCAAAUUAA